AAUUGUUCCACACAACAUAUCCUUCCUUGCCUCGAGUGCUGCUUACAUAUUCUACUAUCCAAUACACAAAAUGGGUACCAAUGAAAAAGCCACAACGUCAAUUUCUCACUCUUCCUCUUCGGCAACAUCUUCGCGAACCGUUACUGUUCUUCGGGAUAUCGUGCAAAGUCCGUGGCCCCUACCUUAUAUCGCUAUGGUUACUCCACUUGUACGAAGUAUCUGGAAUUACAUGGAAUGGAGUAACGGAGGAGAGGUUGCCCUAUCGCUGAGUCACGGACUCUUAAUCUUGUACUUCAUUAUAUCACAAUAUGUCCGCAGGUACGAAUGAUAGAUUAAUUUAC